AGGAAUAAUGCAUAAACAGGAAAUUUGAUCUCAGACUCAGAAGAUUGGAAUUUUGACAGUGUUUAAUAUCGCACAUUCUCAAAAUGACGAGCUCUGCCUCGGAUACAGAAGACGAAUUUAUCGAAAUGAAGAUAGACAAGGGAUCAAAGGAUGCCAACGUCGCUUCGCCUGCCGAGUUUGUGAAACGUUUUGGAGGUGACACAGUAAUAGAGAAGGUUCUAAUCGCCAAUAAUGGAAUCGCUGCCGUCAAAUGCAUGCGCUCCAUACGAAGAUGGUGCUACGAUCUUUUUGGUAACGAACACGCCAUUCGUUUUGUUGCCAUGGUUACUCCAGAGGACCUGAAGGCUAAUGCAGAAUAUAUCAAGCUGGCUGACCACUACGUCCAUGCACCUGGAGGUACAAACAACAAUAACUAUGCCAAUGUUGACGUCAUUUUGGAUAUCGCCAAAAGAAUCCCUGUCCAGGCGGUAUGGGCAGGCUGGGGUCACGCAUCAGAGAAUCCUUUACUGCCAGACGUGCUUAAAAAAAACAACAUCAUGUUCAUGGGACCCCCCGCAGGGGCAAUGUGGGCGCUUGGAGACAAAAUCGCAUCCUCCAUUGUUGCGCAAUCUUUAAACAUCCCAACGUUGAAGUGGAGCGGAUCCGGAGUAACCAUUGACGUGAACACCCUUGCCUCGGACCUGAACACCGGUGAGCUCGUCUCCGAAGAACUUUAUCAGAAGUGUUGCAUUACCGACGCGACAGCAGGAGUGAAGAUAGCCCAAGACAUUGGCUACCCUGUCAUGAUCAAGGCCUCUGAAGGCGGGGGAGGCAAGGGAAUAAGAAAGGCGCAUAAUGAUGAUGAAUUUAGUAAUUUCUUCAGACAGGUUCAAACAGAGGUUCCUGGUUCUCCUAUAUUUGUCAUGAAAGUCGCUUCAAGAGCGAGGCAUUUAGAGGUUCAAAUCUUAGCAGACAGAUCGGGGGAAGCAAUAUCGUUAUUUGGUCGAGAUUGUUCCGUGCAGAGACGACAUCAGAAAAUCAUCGAAGAGGCGCCUGUGGUAAUUUGUCCGGCGGAGAUUUUACAGCAGAUGGAAAAGGAUGCAGUGAAACUAGCGAAAUUAGUGAAGUAUGUGAGUGCAGGAACUGUGGAAUAUCUCUAUACCGCUGAUGACCAGAAGUACUAUUUCCUUGAACUCAACCCACGACUCCAGGUCGAACAUCCGUGCACAGAAAUGAUCGCUGACAUCAAUUUGCCGGCUGCUCAAUUGCAGAUCGCAAUGGGGAUACCAUUGGACAAUAUUAAAGAUAUUCGCAAUCUUUACAGCAAGCGAGAUUAUGAAACGACAAGAAUAAACUUUGCCAAACCGUCCAAUCAGCCGAAGCCAAAAGGUCACGUCAUUGCCGCCAGAAUCACGGCAGAAAAUCCGGACGAGGGAUUCAAGCCAAGCAGUGGCACAGUACAGGAGUUAAACUUCCGCAGCAGUUCCUCAGUCUGGGGUUACUUCAGCGUCGCGCCAGAAGGAGCAUUGCACGAGUAUGCCGACUCGCAGUUUGGACAUUGUUUUGCCUGGGGCGAGGAUAGAGACCGCGCUCGGAGAAACAUGGUUAUGGCCUUAAAAGAGAUUUCAAUUCGAGGAGACUUUCGAACAACCGUCGAAUAUUUGGUAAAACUCUUGGAAGAGGAGAGAUUCCAGACAAAUAAAUUCGACACAACAUGGCUGGAUCAUUUGAUUGCCGAGAAAGUCCAGGCAGAGAAACCAGAUACGAUUCUUGCGGUGAUCUGUGGAUCGAUUCAUGUCGUUGACUCCCACAUCAACAAGAGAUUUUCUAGUUUUCAGCAUGGCUUGGAAAGGGGACAAAUUCUACCAGCACAUAUGCUGACCAAUACAGAGUGUGUAGAACUUAUCUAUGAUAAUGACAAAUAUUGUGUGAAGGUUUCCAAAAUAGGUCCAAAUCCGCAUUUACUUGAAAUGAACAGUUCGACAGUUGAAGUGGACGUACAUAGGUUAAGCGAUGGAGGUUUGCUGAUAUGCUACGAUGGGAGUUGUUACACCACGUACAUGAAAGAAGAGGUUGAUAGAUAUCGCUUGACCAUUGCUGGAAAGACUUGUGUAUUUCAAAAGCAAAAUGAUCCUUCGAAAUUGAGAUCGCCAUCAGCGGGAAAGCUCAUCGCUUAUACAGUUGAGGAUGGUGGUCACGUGUUCCAGGGUGAAACGUACGCUGAAAUCGAGGUGAUGAAAAUGGUGAUGCCUUUGACAGUGGCAGAAAGUGGAUGUGUCCAUUUCAUUAAAUCUCCAAACGCCGUGCUUGACCCAGGCACUGUCGUCGCUAGCCUAGAGUUGGACGAUCCGAACAGGGUGACUCAGGCACAACUUUAUCAAGGAGAAUUUCCAAUUUUGAAAGGGCCUUCAGUGAAAGGCGACAAACUUCACCAGGUUUUCCAUACAGCUCGAGAGAACCUUCAACACGUCAUGACUGGUUAUGCGGCUGAGGAACCUCACUUCACGAAAUUUCUGGACCAAAAUGUCGAGCUCUUAACCAAGACUUUAAAAGACCCUAAAUUACCUCUUAUGGAACUCAAGGAACUCCUUUCUUCCAUCUCCGGUCGUAUCCCUGAAACAGUCGAGGAAGCCAUUCAUCGUUUGUUAGCGAACUACGCCAGCAACAUUACAUCAGUCCUCAGUCAGUUUCCUAGUCAACAGAUUGCUAAUGUCGUGGACGCCCAUGCAGCAACGUUAACCAAGAGAGCUGAUCGAGAAGCAUUCUUUUUGAAUACCCAAAGCAUUGUCCAACUUGUCCAACGAUAUCGAAAUGGUUGUCGUGGUCACAUGAAAUCUGUCAUCGUCUCGCUGCUACGUCAAUACCUCCAGGUUGAAAGCCUAUUCUCUGAAGGCAAUUUUGACAAAUGUGUGCUGGCGAUACGAGAAGAAAACAAAGAGAACGACAUGAGUGCUGUGGUUGCGAAUGUCUUUUCACAUGCAAACGUUCCCAAGAAAAAUGUUUUGAUGGUCAAGCUUAUUGAUAUGGCUGGCUCCGAACAAAAUUUAAAAGGUGAUUUAUUGACCGCUCUUCAAGAGUUGACUACAUUAGUGAGACAAGAACAUGCUAAAGUCGCUCUCAGAGCUAGGCAGGUGCUAAUUCAAAGCCAGCAGCCAUCUUACGAGCUUCGUCACAAUCAAUUUGAAUCGAUAUUUCUCUCUUCGAUUAGUUAUGGCAGUCAGUUUUCUCCCGAAGUCCUGCAGAAAUUGAUUAAUUCAGAGACAGCCAUAUUCGAUGUGCUUCCGUCUUUCUUUUAUCACAGCAACGAAUUUGUGCGAAUGGCUGCAUUGGAGGUGUAUAUCAGACGAAGUUACGAAGCUUAUGAGCUGACAACGCUACAACAUGAACAAUUGGGUGAGCGAAAGACGAUCAUAACACAGUUCAAAUUUAUCUUACCAGCUUCGCAUCCAAACAGGCAUACUAAAGUUUCGUCUCCUGUCAAUAAGACAUCUCACCACAAAGGCCACCAGGCUAUGACAAGGGUCUACAGUUUAAGUGAAGAUCUUCAUGAUCUUCCAUCGCAUUCGCAUAGUCAUGAUCCAUGCGAAAGAACUGGACUAAUGGCUGCGUUUAGAACAUUUGAUGAUUUUCAGAAGAACUUCUCAAAAAUCAUGUCUCGUUUUGAAAGCCGUGAAAAAAUGAAGAACAGCAGCAGUUUUCCAGGCAACAAUGCUGCGCAGAAAUCGUCUCAGAUGAAACGGAACGUGUCUUUAAGUGCACCAAGUAGUGGUGCGUCGCUCCAAACUUUGUGGGAGGCUGGGGACGAGACAGGUUGCUGCAAGAAAAUACAAGAAGAAGAACCGAUUCAUAUCAUCAAUAUCGCUCUGACCAAGAGCGGGAUAUGCACGUGCAUGACUGACUGCAGUUCCAAGCUUUUAAAAUAUCUACAAAGCAAGAAACCAAUUUUGCUCGACAAAGGAAUUCGUAGGAUUACUUUUCUGGUCACAGAUUGUAAGGGCAGUUCUCCGUGGUAUUUUACCUACCGUGCUUCUUCUGACUUCAACGAAGACGCAAUCUAUCGACAUCUGGAACCAGCACUGGCUUUCCAGUUAGAACUAAACCGCUUGAGGAAUUUUGACCUGGAAUCAGUUCCGACGACUAAUCACAGCAUUCACUUGUACUUCGCCUCCGCCAAGAAGGUCUCGGCGAAUGCAGAAGUAACUGAUCACAGAUUCUAUGUCAGAACCAUUGUCCGUCAUGCAGAUUUUGUUUCCAAGGAAGCAUCGUUUGAAUAUUUGGAGAAAGAGAGUGAAAUUCAAUGCCUGGAAACCUUGGAUCAGCUGGAAAUUGCCUUUGAGCAAUCUCCAAAACGCACGGAUUGCAAUCACCUCUUCCUAAACUUUGUUCCAUGUAUCGUGAUUGAGCCACACAAAAUGGAAGAAAGUAUUCGAUCGAUCGUCAUUCGUUAUGGCAAAAGGCUUUGGAGACUCAGGGUGUUACAAGCUGAAAUGAAAAUGAAUAUAAGGUUAUCUCCAAACGGUCAGAAGAUUCCAAUUCGAGUAUAUUUGUCCAACGAAUCUGGCUAUUAUCUUGACGUCAGUAUUUACAGAGAAACUGAGGACCAAAGAACAGGACAGAUUGUUCUCGAAUCAUACGGUUUAAAGCAAGGCCCAUUACAUGGUCUUCUAGUUAACUCACCUUACGUUACCAAAGACAGACUACAGCUCAAAAGAUUCACCGCUCAGAAUCAAGGCACUACAUAUGUGUACGACAUUCCAGAACUGUUCAAACAGGCUGUUUUGAAAUAUUGGAAACAAUGGUCAAAAGAACAUGGGAAAGACAUCAACCUUAAACAGAAAGUGGUUGAAGCAAGCGAGUAUGUCUUGAAAGAAGAUGGACAACUUCAUCAAGUGAACAGACUAGCUGGAGAAAAUAAUAUUGGUGUCGUCGCCUGGCGUAUGGCUCUGAUAACUCCCGAAUACCCGGAAGGGAGAGAGAUCAUCGUAGUGGCAAACGAUAUUACACAUGUCAUUGGUUCAUUCGCUGUACAAGAAGAUACUGUGUUUGAACGAGCCUUACAGUUGGCCCUGAAUGCGGGCAUACCGUUCAUCUACGUCUCAGCCAAUAGCGGAGCACGUCUUGGCCUGGCUGAGGAUUUAAAACUUCAAUUUAAGGUGGCGUGGGAGGAUUCUGUCGCUCCUGAAAAGGGGUUCAAGUAUCUUUAUUUGACUACGAACGAUUUUAAGAAGCUAAGUGCUUCAAAUUCUGUGCGUGCCGAAGCUAUCGAGGAAAAUGAAGAAUCUAGAUAUAAAAUUACAGACGUGAUAGGACGCGACGACCCGAUUGGUGUUGAAAACCUGCGUGGAUCUGGUAUGAUUGCUGGAGCCAUGUCCAAAGCUUACGAUGAGGUCGUUACAAUAAGCCUGGUGACAUGCCGUGCUGUUGGAAUCGGUGCUUAUUUAUUGCGGCUGGGACAGAGAGUGAUUCAAGUUGAAAACUCGCAUAUUAUUUUGACUGGUUACGGAGCACUGAAUAAGUUGUUAGGUAGCCAGGUCUACACGUCAAAUUUACAGCUCGGUGGACCUUCUGUGAUGCACAAUAAUGGAACGUCGCAUUUGGUUGUUCCAGAUGAUCUCAGUGGUCUGUUCAGCAUCAUUCAAUGGCUUUCAUAUAUUCCUCGCUGUAAGAACGCUCCAUUGCCAGUAACUAAAAUCGAUGAUCCAGUCGAGAGGGAGAUUGAUUUUGUUCCUUCCCGUGUCUGCGAUCCUAGACACAUGCUUGCAGGAAAAAAGGAAAAUGAUAAAUGGAUCACCGGGUUCUUCGACAAAAAUUCAUUCAUAGAAACGCUUGAUGGCUGGGCGAAAACAGUUGUUUGUGGGAGAGCGAGACUCGGUGGAAUUCCCAUGGGUGUUAUCGCUGUCGAGACUCGCGCGGUUGAAGUAACAAUACCUGCUGAUCCAGGCAACCCUAGCUCAGAGGCUCAAUUGUUUACUCAAGCCGGUCAGGUGUGGUAUCCAGACUCCGCGUUUAAAACCGCGCAGUGUAUCAAAGACUUCAAUAGGGAACAACUACCGUUGAUCAUUUUUGCCAACUGGCGAGGAUUUUCCGGCGGUUUGAAAGACAUGUAUGAAGAAGUAUUGAAAUAUGGCUCCCUUAUCGUCGACGCCCUUCGUAAAUAUCAACAGCCUGUGUUUGUUUACAUCCCAUGUAAUGCCGAGUUGCGCGGUGGAGCCUGGGUAGUACUGGAUCCCACUAUCAACCCUCAAGUGAUGGAAAUGUAUGCGGACGAGGAGUCUAGAGGAGGUAUUCUGGAGCCAGCCGGGGCAGUUGAGAUAAAGUUUCGAAGAAAAGAUCUUGUGAAGGCAAUGAGACGUCUGGAUGAUACGUACAGCAAGUUGAUGCACACGCUAGCGGCCCCAGAUUUAUCAAUCAAAGAUAGAAAGACUGUUGAAAAACAGUUAAAAGAAAGAGAGGAAAUUCUUUUGCCUGUUUACCAACAGGUUGCGAUAACAUUUGCUGAUCUUCACGAUACGGCGGGAAGAAUGCACGAAAAGGGCGUCGUAUCGGAAGUUCUAAAAUGGAAAAAAUCGCGGAAAUUUUUCUACUGGCGGCUUCGUCGUCUUUUGCUCGAAAAAAGCGUCAAACAGAAACUUGGUCAGGCGAACAAGGAUCUUUCCGAUGGUCAAUUGAGCUCCAUGUUGGAAAGGCUGUUUUUGGAGGAUCAUGGAACUGUCAAGUCCUACAUGUGGAAUGAUAACGAGGUUGUUGUGAAAUGGUUUGAGAGCGACAUGGCGAAGGAGGAAGGAUCUGUGAUCGCUGAAAAUAUCAAAUGGAUAAAACGAGACUCUGUCUUGAGACAAAUUAAAUCGUUAGUGCAGGAAAAUGCUGACGUAGCUAUGGACUCGAUUAUUCAUAUCACCCAGCAAAUGUCUCAAGCUCGACGUGCAGAGGUUGCUAGGAUACUGGAAGCAUUUGAUUCAACGAAAUCCUCGAACAGCAACGGUAGUGGCAAUGGUAGUGAUAAUUUGACAGAGUAAAAAUGAAUCUUAAAUUAGCUUUUUAAUAUUUGAUUGUGGCAAAACUUCAAUGAUUUUUUUCAUGGUAAACUGGCAUGAAACAGCUAUAUAGAAAACUCUUUUCUCAGCAACUCAGUUAUAUCGAAUUGUCUUGGCAUCUGAUUGGGGCUGCAGUGAUUUGAUAGCAAGAUAUCUCUUUCCACUAUUUAACAAACUCUCCAUUCAACAAUAAACAUCAAUAAACUUCAGGUUUUUUUACGUGCAGUUCUGCACAAAAUGUGCAUUUCUAAUUCAAUGUUUGCAACUCUAAAAAAAUGUUCAAUUAAAGAAUACGAGAAACCCAAGAAUUCAAGAUAUUGUAUGGGAUACUGUAUUUUUUGUACAAUCAUGAAAUUAAAAUUGAUUCAAUUGAGAUAUGAAAUGAACCAACGAACAACAGUUUUUUUUCGUUAUUAUAGUCAAUUUAACGAUAAUUUUGGCUUAGCAAGAGCUAAGACUAGGAGGUCCAAAGGGA